AUGCCUCCACCGAAUACUCCAACAAAUGGAGCUGCUACACCUGUCUCACACAUUUCUCGACCAAACACUCCGCCCAACAAUAUCUUCAUUUUCGAAGGUUACGAUCCUGCUACAACUCACAUUGGCUUUGCUUACUAUCCACCUCAAUCGGAAGUUACACAACCAGUCCUUCACGUUCCAAAUAAUACCCCGGCUUCCAGCAUUCAUUCUUCGCCCGAAAGCUCCUACUAUUCACGAUCUCGUCGUUCAACUCUACUAGAUCGAGGAAUUAUGGAAGUCAUUGGAGAAGAAGAAAGAGAUCGACGCGAUGAAGAUACUAUCGAUUAUCGUGCGGUUGACUACGUAAAUACUCCCGACCAAAAUCUCAUAUGUCCAAUUUGUCGCGUUCCUUUGGUUGAUCCAGUCACCAUUCAUUGCGAUCAUACUUUCUGUAGAGAAUGUAUUACUCAAGCUUUGGCUGUUACGGAAAAAUGUCCUAUGGACCGUUAUCCAAUUUCACGCAAUGAUCCACUUCGUCCAUCGAAUAGAAUUAUUGUUCAACAAGUCAACGAUUUGAUGAUUGUUUGCCCAAGUUGCGAAACUCAUCUCCAGCGAUCGAAACUUCGCAAUCAUCUCGCUAUUCAUUGCAAGGAAGUGGAAAUUGCGUGUUUGGAUCCUGAUUGCAGGCAACUUAUCAAGAGACUCCAUCAACCAAAGGGUUGUCUUCAUUAUGAUUCUUCCUGUCCUUACUGUGAUGAGACUGUGCAGGCAAAGGAUAUGGAAGAACAUUGCGAGUCUAAAUGCACGUUCCGUCAUGUCAAUUGCGGUCAAUGUGGAGGAGAGAUCUUACGCAUCAAGGAGUCAGAACAUAUUGAUCAAUGUCCAGAAGGGACCGUGCAAUGUCAAUGGUCAGAGUUUGGUUGCGAUCAUGAGUGUAAGAGAAAGGACAUUGAUGAUCAUAAAGACAAGUGCGAGCUUAGGAGAUUGGGUCCAUGGGCAGCAAAAAUGCAAGCCGAUAAUAAAGUCAAGAGUGAAAAGAUUGAUCGAUUUGAGCGGAAAAUUAAGCAUCUCGAGAAUUGUAUUAGUGACAAUGGAAAUUUCGAUCGAGCCGAUGCGACGGCACCUUCUCUUGCAGGAUUAUCAAUGACGGACGAUUCCUACGAAACACCUAAUACUUAUCUUCUCUCAGUUGUUGAGUCUCAACAGAGCAGAAUUAAUGCUCUUACUGCCAGUAUUGCCGAAAUGGAAGCUCGUCAAAGCGUUAUGCUUUUGAAUGAAACUAUUCCAUUAAAAGAUCAAAUCGUCGAACUUCGCAAUACAAUAAGCACACUCAAUAUGUAUGUUCGUUGGCUUUUGAAUGUUCGCAGAGGAGAAGGUCAGCGACGCAGCUUUGGCAAUGGCGCAGGUAGUAGUAGUGGAGGUGGUGCCAAUAGUCCGGAUGAUAGUAAUGGUGGGGCAGGACCAAGUUCCGGUGGUGCUAGUAUUGGAAGACGGUUAAGCGAUCAUAUUAGGGAGGGAGGUACGAAACUUUGA